AUUAGCGCUCGAGCAAAGAGCUUUUUGUUUUGAACGCCGGUACAGAGUAUGACUUCGUCCGUUUCCCAAGAGACCAGGGAGUUGCAGUGGGGCAGAGUGUUGAUCUGUGGAGGGACUGACUGGCCAAAACUUGGUCGCAAAGAACGCGGUGGAAAAGGCGAAGGCAACCCAGACGCGCCAGACCUCCUCGAACCCCACAUCCUCCGCUCGCUCAGCAAUGUCAAAAUAACUUCCAUCCAUGGGUCCUGCUGCGCGUGCCAUUACAUAGUGAUUGACAUGCACGGCGCAGCAUGGAUGUUUGGUCGAAACGGACCCCAAUGUGCGCUAGGCGUGACUGCGGCGGACUCGAUAUCCGAGAACGCACCCAGGCGGUUACUUCCGACCGAAAUCGGGGCGAAAGCAGGCACGAAGUUCGUGCAUGCUGCCUGUGGACGGAGUCAUUCGCUGUUGGUGGAUAGCACAGGUCAGGCAUGGUCGGCUGGUGCGAAUAAUUUCGGACAAUGUGGGCACGCCAUAUCGCCCCAAGUUGCGAGCUUCAAGGCUAUUGACGGACCAUAUCUCGAUGGACAUCGCCAGCGAGUCGUCAAAGCAGCUGCCGGAAUUACCUUUUCGAUCCUUUUAACGGAGAGUGGAAGAGUGUUUUCUUUUGGAAGUGGUGAAAAAGGACAGCUUGGGAAUGGGAGGACGGGUGAACAUAUCACGACGGGUAACAAGACUGCCUUCGACAUCGAAGCGAAUCCGAUACCUGUCAAGGGUCUCGACGACAAAGUGAUUACGAACAUCGCUUCUGGUCCACAACAUAGUAUUGCUAUUGAUUCUCAAGGAGUGGUUUAUGUGUGGGGUUACAAUGGAUAUUGUCGAUUAGGCCUUGGGAACCAGCAAGAUGCACUGAUUCCCAAGGUUGUCCCUCAAUUUGCUGGCCCAAAUGAGGUAACUAUGGGAGCACAAGUGAUUGCUGGGCCAACAAAUAGUGUCGUUAUAGACAAGCAACGGAUGUAUUGGAUGACAGGCAAAUGGAAAAACAGCGGCGAAGGUUCUGCAGGUUCCCCCUACUCCUCGUUCCGUUUUAUUCAGGACUUGAUGGGGUGCAAGAUAUCGACAGCAAGUUGUGGAGGAGUGACUCACUUUGCACUGACCACGGAUGAAGACGGAAAUGCUAUGACCGUUGCUUACGGCCAAAAUGCUGCCAAUGGCGAACUUGGUCUUGGCCCGGACGAACCCAAGAGUGCGACUAAACCCGCUCGCCACCAGCCCCUGUCCGGUAUCGAGGUCUUCAGCAUAGCAGCGGGGCAGCACACCACGCUGUUCUUGGCGAAGCCGAACGAUGGCUUUUCCGAGCUUCCUCGGCACCCCAUUGAAGUAGAUGCUCCAGAACUCUGUUUAGUUUGUGGGAAGGAUAAUGGCGAUGACGAUUCGCCUUUGGAGUGCGACAAAUGCGACCACCCUUACCACCUUGGCUGUCUCAGCCCUCCACUUCAAACUGUUCCAGAUGGUGAAUGGUUCUGCCCUCAAUGCACCAAUGAGAUAGGUGUCCUUGCAAGUUCUAACCCGAAGGGUGAUGAAAGGGUGGGAACAAAACGCAAGGCACCAGCCGCCAAAGAGAGUGCACCGAAACGCAAGAAAUAAUUUUGGACGCCAUCCUUUACAAACAGUGUUUUUAGCACCCAAUGCACGAUGCUUGUCGCGGGAGAUAUAUGUAUACAUAUAUAGGUAGUUUAUAGCUCAGGAUCCCAUUUUCGAACGCAGGCCCAUUGCUCGUUUUUG